GCCCGGCCCCGGGGCGCCGCGGCGGCCCCGACGCGGGGCCUGCGCCCUGGACCCCGCGGAGGGGCGGGGGGCGCCCCCCCCCCCCCCCCGGGCGGGCGGGAUCCCAUGGGCAGCGCGGUGGCCUCGUCUGGAGGCGUCGGCACGCAGGCUUCGGCCACACUGUGCCCUACCUCGCAGAAGGACGAGAGGGAGGGCGAGAUCAGCCUCCUCGAGCACUGGAAGGUGCGGGCCGACGCCCUGUUCGCGCCCGCCGCUCUGCAGCCCGCCGGCCAGGAUGCCGCGAAGCUCCGCACCAUCCGGGAGGACGAGGAGGAGGAGCAGGAGCCCGCCUCGGCCCUCCAGACGGUGAUGUCCUCGGUACCCACGCUGUACGACUCGGUCACCACGGUGUUCGGCACGGCCGCCUCCGAGGCGACGGUGUACGGAACUGGUGGUUCCAGGAUGGCGAGCCGGGCGAGUUCUUCUGCCAGCAGGAAGGAGGCCGACCCGGACGACGCGGGGCGGAGUCCGCUGGCCUCCAUGGUGUCCUCGAGUGUUUUUUCAUCAUUUGGGAGCGCGGCCGCCGCGGACCCCUUCGCCACGAUCGCCGGCACUGGCAGGCGGCGGAGGCCCGCCGGGUCCGUCGCCGGCUCCGAGCCGAGGGCCGGGGCGGGACAG